AUGGAAGUUUUACGGCGAGCCGAGAAGGUUACAUAUCUUCUGGCUGAUUUAGGCGCAUCCUUGAACCUUGGGAUGAGCUGUUCUGAGGACGAUAUUACUGGUGGCUCCCGGAAGUCUAGCGCAAUAUAUCCGGCGGGAAAAGAUAUUAAACCGUCUAAGGACACUCGUGACUUCGACCGGAUGGCACUUUCCAUUUUUGUAAAACUCUUCACGUUACCUAUGGGGCAGGGACUGGCAGCGUUCGAUGUUUACCGGCUUUUCAGAUGCCACUGUGCAAAGCCUGCAGGUUUAUACCACCGAAAAAUAAGAAUUACCACCACUACCAAUAUAGAUGAGUUCAAGUUACAAUUAUACGUCAACACCUUGAGCUAG